GACUGGAAACUCCAGAGAGACGUCAGCAAGACUAACACAACUCCGCAGAUCUACACGACUUCACCAGGUCAGAAAAUGGCUUCACGUCAGCUUCAUGUGGCUGCACUGGGUCGACCUUUCAGUUUGGGGAUGCUGUAUGAUGCUCGCAGAGACAAGCUGUACUCAGGAUUUUCUUUGUGGGAUAAAGAAACUCUACAGAAGAGUACGAAUGCAAUCUCUCAGCACAGCAGCACAUUUGAAGUUACUGAGUCAGAUUCCACUGACUCCAAGUCCUCCCUGCUGAGUGUUGAAGCUUCUCUGAAGGCCAGUUACAUGGGUGGACUGGUUGAAGUUGGAGGAUCUGCCAAGUAUCUGGAUGACAAGAAGAAAUUCAAGAAUCAGAGCAGAGUGACACUUCAGUACAAAGCUACCACCAACUCCAAGCAGUUCUUAGUGACUCAUGAAGAAGCCAAGGACAAACAGGCAGUGAUUCCUCCGACCAUCUCUGCGACUCACGUCGUCACCGGUAUCCUUUAUGGAGCGAAUGCUUUCUUUGUGUUUGACAGCGAGAAGUUGGAGGCCAGCAGCAUUCAGGACGUCCAGGCCGGCAUGCACGCUGUGAUAAACAAGAUCCCUAAACUUAAUGUUGAGGCAAAAGUUGACACCCAAUUCACUCAUGAAGAAAACACCCAGAUUCAGAAAUUCUCCUGUAAAUUCUAUGGAGACUUCAUUCUUGAAAGCAACCCUGCAACAUUUGAAGAUGCAGUCAAGGCCUACGUUCAGCUUCCCACGAUACUGGGAGAGGGCGUUCCACUGAAGGCCACGCUGAUGCCACUCAAGAGCUUUGACUUCGCAGCUGAAGAACUGAAAGCCGAGAUCUGCAUAGGGCUACUGAGGAAGGCUCACGACACUCUAGAAGAGAUGAAUGAAGCAGAAAUGAGAUGCUCUGACUCCCUGGACGAAAAAGUGGUUGAGAAUUUUCCACAACUCCACAAAACACUGAGCAAGUUCCAAGACCUGUGCAGUGAUUACAGAGCUGUACUCCGACGAAACAUGGAGAAGAAAUUUCCUGCCAUUCGUGCAGGUAAAGAAAAGGAGGCUUCAGUGGAGAAACUCUUUGAUGACAGAAAGAAGUCGCCAUUCAGUCAGAACAACUUGAGCAAGUGGUUGGAAGAAAAGGAAAAAGAAAUCAACAUCAUCAGGGCCUGUAAACAGAUAAUAGAGGCUGCAGGGGUAAAGGUGGUCAGUAAUCGGUCCAACUUUGACAGAGAGGUUCGCACUCCAGGAGCAGAUGAAGUUCUCUGCUUCAUUUUCACUUCCUUGGAAAGCGAUGAUCCCCACCUCGAACAGAUGGCCGACUACUUACAUUCAUGUGAAGAUGAAAGCACUACAACCUUCACUCCACCAACGCAAGAGCGGUGGUACUCCUCACAGGAUGUUUUUGCCAACAUGAGAAAAAAAGCCAGAGCUUUCCGUGACCUCGCUAAAGCCCUAAAAAGCUGCAGCAAAUUCCACUUCUUUGUGGCCGCUGUUCCAGACAGCAAAUACAAAGGAGCAACCAUCUACCACUACAGGGAUGGAAUCUUGAUCACUGAUGAUUUUUCAAAGUUCAACAUCCCUGAUGUGACGACAGUAAGAGACAGAAGAGAUUUGAUCUGGUAUGCCUGUGAUCUGACCCUGGAUCCAAACACAGUUGGGGGCUAUCUCACGCUGUCUGACGGGAACAACAAGGCAACAUGUGGACCAUGGCAGAAUUAUUCUGAUCAGCCAGAGAGAUUCGGCACACGUCCACAGGUUCUGUGCAGAGAGUUGCUGACUGGGCGCCAUUACUGGGAGGUGGAGUGGAGCAAAUUCACUGAGAGUGAUGUCGGUGUCGCCGUUACAUACAAAGGAAUUGAGAGGAAAGGAGAUUAUGAGAGCUCAGGGCUCGGGUGUAACUCCAUCUCCUGGUUUUUUGGUGAGAGGUACGCGCACAAUGCCUGGCAUGAUGGUGAGGUGUGGAGAGGCCCUUAUCCACCCCCUGAAAGCAGCAGGAUUGGGGUGUAUCUGGAUUGGGGUGCCGGCACUCUGUCCUUCUAUGGCGUCACCUCUAACACACUGAAUCACCUCUACACCUUCCGCACCAAGUUCACAGAGCCCGUUUAUGUUGGUUUCUGGGCUCGUCAAUAUAGGAACUAUGUUGCCCUGUGUCCCAUCUAGUUAGACUGAUUCAACAUUUUGCACACAGCUCAGUUUUAGGGACAUAAACAACAAAUUUGAACUUAAUGCCGCUAAAUCUGAAACCAUGGCUUGUCUCAAAAUGUUAUGAUGAGAACAUUAACCUUUUUUUUCUCCAUCAUCGAUUGCAAAAAUUAGCAAUUUUGAUAAAAUGUGAUCUUAGGCUUAGAUUUGG